UUAACCGGCCGGCUUACACAUACAGUCAAGCACCGCAAACUUGGAAGAGAGUUGAGAGUUUGUGUUUGGGGAGAGCGGCAAGUGUAUAUAAGAAGUGUCGCCGGCAGAAGAAAGUCAGUUGAAGUGCAGUCGUCGUGCCGAUCGGUUCAGUGAGAGCAGUGGCUGGAGAGAGACAGUGAGAGUAGAGAGUAACGGCAAGAGAGUGCGCAUCGAACCGAACGCUUUUCCUUCACCCACGAUUAAAGCGAACGCUUAUUGGCGAAUUGAAGACCCGAGAGCCCCAGUGCCCAGCUGAUUUAGUAUUCUUUGUUGAGGGAAUUGCAUUGAGAAAACGCAGAGAUGGCCGAUGAAGCACAAGCACCACCAGCUGAGGGAGCACCACCAGCCGAGGGAGAGGCGCCACCACCCGCCGAGGGUGCCGCAGAGGGUGCCGUCGAGGGCGGAGAGCCCGCUCCUCCGGCAGAGCCCGCCGAGCCCAUCAAGCACAGCUACACGCUCUUCUACUUCAACGUGAAGGCGUUGGCCGAGCCCCUGCGCUACCUGUUCGCCUACGGCAACCAGGAGUACGAGGAUGUGCGCGUCACCCGCGACGAGUGGCCAGCCCUGAAGCCCACCAUGCCAAUGGGACAGAUGCCCGUGCUGGAGGUGGACGGCAAGCGUGUGCACCAGAGCAUCUCGAUGGCCCGAUUCCUGGCCAAGACCGUCGGCCUGUGCGGUGCCACUCCGUGGGAGGAUCUGCAGAUCGACAUUGUCGUUGACACCAUCAAUGACUUCCGUCUAAAAAUUGCAGUCGUCUCGUACGAACCGGAGGACGAGAUUAAGGAGAAGAAGUUGGUCACCCUGAAUGCGGAGGUCAUUCCAUUCUACCUGGAGAAGCUCGAGCAGACCGUCAAGGACAACGAUGGUCACCUGGCUCUGGGCAAGCUGACCUGGGCCGACGUCUACUUCGCAGGCAUCACCGACUACAUGAACUACAUGGUCAAGCGCGAUCUGCUGGAACCCUACCCAGCUCUGCGCGGAGUCGUUGAUGCCAUCAACGCCUUGGAACCGAUCAAGGCCUGGAUCGAGAAGCGCCCCGUCACCGAGGUCUAAGUUCCCCGAACGGGACUUGGGAGGAGGGAAAGCAUUGCACACCACUCAGACACACCCGCACCGCAGAAAUGCACACCACCCACAUCUGUACACAUUUUGUUCCUUUUUGCGGAGGAUCCGAGAGGGCAGCGGACUUUCGCACGGGGUCAUAGACGCGUAGGAUUUUAGCACGUAUCACUAUGGACAAAUCGUAUUUGUCCUUAAUUUCUUGGUUAUAAUUCUCUUUGCAUGGCGCUAUAUACAUAUUUCUAUUGGGGUCCGGCAGCGGAUCGCCGUUCGUUAGCUUCUUCUGAAAUGAUGAAAGAUAAUACUUAUUGCACAGUUUAUAAUAUUUUGGCUUACAUUUAGAACAUACAUUUAGCGCACCUAUGCAGACCUUUGCUGUACCUAUAUUAUAUAAAUACAAAAAACUACGAGUGGUUCAUCUUUAGACGUAUUCUGUUACAAUUAAUUCAAUGCGAGGAGCUCAACAAAUAUUUAAAACAACCACAGCCAAGGCUGAGCAACAAUUACAAAUUUUUAUUUUGUUUUUUUUUUUAUAACACGCCAUCGCGGCCCCAGGAAUUUUCUUCGUCUCAUCCAGUUUUCUCUUUAAGUAACCAUUAAAAAAAGACUCACAUCAAUAGAACCGGUUUCUCUAAAAAAAACAGACUUCUACUGCCAAAUUUCAAAUGCACAUAAUCACGUACAUUAUUACAUACAUAUUAUUUAUUCAAAUUUGUAAUUGUAUUUUUUAAAUAUUUUCACAAAACACUUUUUAAUAAACUUAACACCUAAAAAGGAAAGAGCACUUUUUGAAAGCA